AUGUCUUCGUUAGUAUUAGAACGGACACGUUCCCAAAAGGCUUCAAAAAAUGAAUAUAUCGAAGUUCAGACAAGCGAAGAACAAAAUUAUGAUAUCGAUUUAAGAAAACAAAAAAUUUUAAAUAUAAGCAACGUCCAAGAAGAAAGGAGUUUAGCUUUUGAGGCAAUACCUCCAAUAUUGAUAUCGGUAGUUGGUUUGAUGCUUGCAGGAUGGCUUUUAGACAUGGUUCAAAGUUGGCCAGUUUUUGUCAAAGUUCCAGAACUAUAUAUUUUGGUGCCGGUACUAUUAAAUUUGAAAGGCAACCUUGAGAUGAAUUUAGCAUCACGAUUGUCAACUUCGGCAAAUUUAGGCGAGUUAGAUAAACCGUCAAUUCGAUACACGCUGAUUUGGGGUAACCUCGCAGUUCUUCAAGUACAAUCACUGGUUGUAGGUGCAAUUGCUGGAUUAAUUUCUUUUAUAGAAGGAAUAAUAUUUAAUCCAAAUCAUAAGACAUCAUAUCAUGAAGACAUGUCAAUAAUAGUCGUAUCAAUGAUGUGUGCUGCCUUAAGCAGUAUGAUCUUGGGGACACUUAUGUGUAUUCUUAUAAUAUUAUCUCGAAAAUUUCGCAUAAAUCCAGAUAACAUUGCAUGUCCUAUGGCAUCGUCACUCGGUGAUUUAUUCACAUUAAUUAUUCUCACUUUAUGUAGCGAAUUUAUUCUUAGUUAUAUGUCUAUAUGGAUUAGCACUGCCUUGUUCAUAAUUUUGGCUGUGAGCGUUCCUCUAUGGGCAUCUAUGGUAUGGUCUAAUAAAUCAGUUCGACAUUUAUUGACUGACGCAUGGACGCCUCUUUUCAUUGCUAUGGUGAUUUCAAGCAUUGCUGGUUUGGUAUUGGAAAAUUAUAUCGAACAAUAUCAUGGGCUUGCAUUGUUAACCCCUGUACUCAAUGGAAUAAUUGGUAAUUUGGGGUCCAUAUAUGCAUCAAGAAUAUCCACCCGUCUUCACGGUGGCACUGAAGAAAGUUAUUAUCGAUCUGAAUUAACACUAUUCUUAAUUCAUAUUCCAAUCGAAAUACUCGUUUUGAUAGUCGCUUGGUGGUUUGAUAUUGGACAUAUGAAUCUCACUUGGAGCUUUUCAAUAACUUACUUUCUCGUUUCUGUUCUCUGUGCGGCAUUUACGCUUAUAUUUGCUAAAAAAUUGACGCUAUGGUUAUGGCACCACGAUUACGAUCCAGAUAAUUACUCAUUGCCUUACAUAACCGCUAUUGUUGACGUUGUUGGUAAUGGAUUACUAGUGUUGUCUUAUUGGAGCUUAGCUAAACUUGGACUUGAUGGGCAUAAAACAAAAAAAAAAAAACAUAGAAUGCGGAACUAA